CAGCUUGGAAACAGGAUGGACUGCCUGGCCACCAGUCACCGCAGGUCCCGCCUGAGGCGUGUUUCCUCGGACGUUGAUUUGGGAUUUUAACUAUGAAACGCCGCCGCAAAUACUGGUUUUGGAGACGGAAAGGUAAAAACGCAAAGAUGUGUCUUCUCUGCUGUUAUGAAAAGAAAGGCAGACCCAGCUGUUUCCAGUACGACAGUGCUGACAAGGAGGCUUGUGUGGCGGUGAAAAUUGAACACUCCAUAGCUCUAGGCAGCAGCAGCGAGAACAGAAGCCCACCCAGCGUGAGGGCCUGUCUCAGCCGGGUGGGCGGCAGUACGAGCGAACGGAGCAGGAGUGGAGUCAAUGGAAGAGGCUCUGGCAGCAGGCCACCGAAGCAGCCUAAACCGCAAGUGCCUCCAAAGCCAGCACACCUCCAGAGCCCGGAAACAGAGCUCUCUUCCCCACUGGGCCAUAUUAAGAGGCCAUUGUUAAGAGCCAACAUGGAGGAGGAAGGAGAAGGAAGAAGAGCCCUGACCAAGGAGAAAGCCAGGGAGAAACAUUCCAAAGUCUUAGACCUCAUCAGUCGCUUUGAGGAGAACAGCAACACAGACAACAAGAGAGACAGCUCAACGCUCAAACAGAUCAGCAGGUCGGCCAACUGCAGCCCGGCCCACCGCAGCUACCAGAAGCAGCCAGAGACCAACAGGAAAAAUCAGAGCCACUGGGAAGCAGACUCCCGAUCCGCUUCAGUACCGGGCACGCCGCGAGAUGCCCACAGACCAGCGGCUAAUGGGGUCCUAAGCCAGAUGGACCGGGAACAGGAACAGGAGAGGGAGACGGAGGAAGAGAGGUCAAAGGACGAGAGGAACAAUGAAACAGUAAGGGUAGAGACUGCUCAGCUGCUCAAUGGAGACAUGGGAGACGGUAGCACGGAAGAGGUUGGAGAACACUCGGCCCCAAAUGCACACAGGAUGGGUGCUGAGACUCCUAUGGGUGGGGCUACAACAGAAACACACAACGAGGACGGGAACACAGAGCAGAAGGAGACAAAUGAACAGAAGCUGUACAAAAUUGCCAACGAGCUCCUGAAGACGGAGAAGGCGUACGUUUUACGGCUUAAUCUGCUAGACCAGGUGUUCUGUGCAAAGCUGAUGGAGGAAGCAGGGAAAGGGACGUUCCCCGUGGAAGUGGUGAAAAACAUCUUCUCCAACAUCUCCACCAUCCACACCUUUCACGCCGAGUUCCUACUUCCAGGUCUGGAGAAACGCAUGGGAGAAUGGGCAUCCACGCCUCGCAUCGGGGACAUCCUGCAGAAACUCACACCCUUCCUGAAGAUGUACGCCGAGUACGUCAAGAACUUUGAUCACGCCAUGGAGCUGCUGAAACUGUGGACAGAUCGUUCACCUCAGUUUAAGGCCAUUAUUCAGGAAAUACAGAGCCAGGAAGUCUGUGGUCAUCUGACGCUCCAACACCACAUGUUGGAGCCGGUGCAGAGAGUCCCACGCUACGAGAUGCUGCUGAAAGACUACCUGAAGAAGCUGCCGCAGGACGACCCCGAUCAACGAGAUGCAGAGAAAUCGUUGGAUAUUAUAGCCAUGGCAGCCACUCAUUCCAACAGUGCCAUUCGAAAAUCUGAGAAUCUGAAGAAACUGCUGGAGAUCUAUGAGAUGCUGGGGGAGGAGGAGGAUAUUGUUAAUGCUUCUAAUGAGUUCAUCAAGGAGGGCCACAUCCUGAAGCUAGCUGCCAGAAACACAUCUGCCAUGGAUAGAUACCUCUUCCUGUUCAACAACAUGCUAUUGUACUGCGUGCCCAAGUUCAGCCUGGGAGGACCAAAGUACACAGUGAGGACGCGCAUUGGCAUCGAGGGCAUGAAAGUCCUGGAAACAGCUAAUGAGGACUACCCUCACACCUUCCAGGUGUCGGGAAAGGAGAGGACGCUGGAGCUACAGGCCAAUUCGGACCAGGACAAGGCGGACUGGAUAAAGGCUUUCCAGGAGACCAUUGAGAUCUUCCAGCAGAAAAAUGAAACAUUCAAGUCGGCAUCUAAGGAAGUAGAAGAAGUAUCAACUGCUGAGCUGGGGAAACGGGCCCCUCGCUGGAUCCGUGACAAUGAAGUAACAAUGUGUAUGAAGUGUAAAGAGCCUUUUAAUGCUCUGACGAGACGGAGACACCACUGUCGAGCGUGUGGCUAUGUGGUUUGCUGGAAAUGCUCAGACAAUAAGGUGGCUCUUGAGUAUGAUGGCAACAAGGUGAACAAGGUCUGUAGAGACUGCUUCUCCAGCCUGACAGGGGAAGAGAGAGCCGAGGGCAAAAAGAAAGGCAUUUUAGAGAUUGAGGCGGCUCAGUUCACAGGAAGCAGCAUCAUGUGUGGCUUCCUGCAGUACUGUGAAAAGAACAAGCCCUGGCAGAAGGUCUGGUGCGUCAUCCCUGAGAAGGAGUGCUUGGUGCUCUAUCUCUACGGCGCUCCACAGGACGUGAAGGCCCAGUGUACGAUACCCCUCCUGGGUUACUCUGUGGAGGACACCCCCCGACCUACCGACCCCCCGGCCAGCUUCCGCCUCUCCCAGUCCAAGUCCGUCCACAGCUUUGCUGCUGAAACCGAUGAGCUCAAACAACGCUGGCUCAAAGUGAUCCGAGUGGCCGUGACAGGAGAGGUGCCCAAGUGCCCGCAGCCCAACGGCAAUAACGCCAGCAUGGACGACAACUCACAAGAAGCUGGCUCUGAUGACACGUAGAUGUUUGUUUUGUAACAGUGAGAGACUGUGGAAUACUCAACAAAGACAUGAUGCGCGGAUGAGACGUACGCUGCGCAAACAAAUGAACACUUCCCAUCACUUUGGAUGACAACUUGGAAAACCAGUGCUGAAUAAGAUGCCUUCUCUUGUCGAUCUACAUUUUUCCUCGUUUCCGUCUGGAUUUUUUACAAACCCGAGACAAGAGCUCCGUCAACCACUAGAUGUGCUGGAAUAUAAGGAAAAAAAGACAAUGAAAGAUAUUUCUAGUACAAUCAACACUAGAGCGGGAGAACCUCAGGACUGUUUCUGCAUCCGUUCUGGACGUCUCAAGCUUACUCUUUGUUAGACCCUCAACCUGUAUCCCCCAACUCCUGUUGAGUCAAUGGAGGAAUGACAAAUCUAAAGCCCGCCCUCACAGUAUGUGAAUCAAAAGGACUUGUCUGAGCCCCGAGACUUAGUCUGCCUGUGACGUGACAACUCGGCUCUGUAUACCUGUACAGUAUAAAGCGUUACCGUUUAGUUAUGUUUUUAAAAGCAACAAAUGUUUUUAAUUAAUGUACAGAGAGAAUCAAUUCCCAGCCUGUUCAGAAAGACACCCAUGUAAUAAUAUAGAGUAUUCUUAAGUGUUUCUCUCUAAUGCAGUGGUCAAGUAAAUGCUGGGAAAAUUAUCACAAACAAAAAUCCCAAUUAUGUAGUUUCAUAUCAUGGUAGUUUCAUCCUGCCUCGCUCUUCCAUGAGGGGAAAUGCACAAGUCCUAAAUCAGACUUGAUGGAUGUACCAAUUCUCCUCUGUCUGCCUGCCUUUGAAUUAGUAGGACUCGCCCCAUCUCAUUUUGUAGGUCAACUAAAACAACUUAUGAGGCUUAAGGAAAUAAUAUACAAGCCCCGCCACAUAACCGUAGAGUAAAAUGGAGGGUUAUGGGUGUGAUCCGACAUAUAGGCUUUAGGUGGAAUCGCUGUAAGGAAGGUGUUAAGGAUGUUGUGAUGUCGAAGGGAAUUGUCAUUCUAAAAUCAGCCAUAACUACCACUGUUCGAAGCGGAUAGUGCCGUAUGUCACACAAUGGGUUGCGAUCGCCUUUCUUAAGUCCAAAAAGAGCAGGCAAUCAAAUAACCCAGCCUUUAACUGUCUUAAUGCGAUACGUUUUCUAUGUAUAGGUAUUACUAGGGAGGAAUAUGGAACUAGCCCGGGAGUCUCCCACCACGCUGCACAAUCAGACACACAGCUAGACACCGCGAGACAGGGACAGGAAGUGUAAAUGUUUUUAAUGCUGUAAUUAAUUUUUUGUUAUUUAAAGUAAUUUAUAGAAUAUGAUGAGCAUGAUUUUAAAAGUAGCACAAAAAAAAGUUCUUGCCCUCAAUUUGUCUGUUUACUAUCAGCCGAUUCCUGUUCAAAUAGAAAGUAAAGUAGGUAGGUUUCAUUUCUCCUUAGACAGAAAUGAUUCCUCAUCCAAUUCUCGCCCUAUUUGUCACCUUAAAUCUUCAGUGUUACUGCAGAAUUGUUCUUAGUGGAUGGACCUGGGUUAAAUGUGCCUAUUAUAUCCCGUGUGUGUGUGCGUGCGUGCGUGUGUGCAUGCGUGUGUGCCUGCGCGUGCGUGUUCAUUCCCAAGUUUCCAUUUGCAGAAUUUCACCCAUGUUCAGUGCUGGUGCUUAUCCACUUAGCAUUGCCUCUUCAGUAUUCAGAUGCAAAACAAGAGCACAAACUACCCCAUCUGUAAGAUCAGAAUGUAAAAGCAGAUUUUUUUUUUUUAAUCGCACUGUCCCCUCCUCUUCCCAAAUGUUUGAGAAGCUACGCACUUUACAGUCUUAAAGUGUACCUUGUAAGAGAAUAAAGCAAAAUUAA